AUGCUGCCGUACCUGUUCCCUGACCUUGCUGCCUUUCCCAUAGUCGCUGACCUCAUUACGCACCUCCGCACUAGUGACACUCGCUACCGCGUUGCGCUUCCUGCUGAGUUCUGCGCCAAGAACCCCCCCCCCCCCAUGUACAUCACCCUCAACAACAUAGUCACCCGGCUCCCUGACUCCCUUCGCUUAGUCAGGGACCACUUCCUCUCAGUUUGCCCCACCACACUCACCGUUGACCUCCUCGAGGAGCGCCUCCUGGCAGCAGAGAAGAGCAUAGUCGCUGUAGGAGCCUCUCGUAGUGACCCUCGUACCCCCGUCUUUGAGGGGUGUUCCCCCUCCCCCCUCUUGCCCUCUGUUGCUUCUGCUGCUCCGGCCGACUUUGUUGGCUUCGAGUCAGUCGGCGCUGCGUCUGCCCCUGGCGGGAGACGCCGCACCGGCAAGGGCAAGGGGGGCAAGGGCGCUGGAGGGGCUGGCCGGGGCGGUGGAGGUGGCGGUGGAGGCAGUGGAGGGGGUGGGGGUGGUGGUGGGAGUGGUGGCGGGGGUGGAGGUGUCGGUGGCAGCAAUGGAGGCGGAGGAGGCGGCGGCGGUGGCGGUGGGAGCGGAGGCGGCGGAGGUGGCGGAGGCGGCGGCGGCAGCGGUGGAGCAAGUUGCGGCUCUGCGCAGAGGAGUGGUUCCGGUGGUGGUCCGCGCCAGCAGCAGCAGCGCACUCGUGAGACCCCGUCCCCCCAGCAGCUUCGUCAGUGGGCGGGGGUUGCUAUCUUUGAUCUUGAUUAUGAUUCUAUUCUUGCUGCCAUGUAUGCUGUGUCUACUAGUGAUGAGGGUGACUGUUACCUGUGUGUUCCGCCUGACCCGGGCAUUGAGGCUGCUGCUCUAGGUGCUGGUGAGGCUCCUGCUCUAGGUGCUAGUGCAUCUACUGCCCCAGGUGCUGGUGAGUCUGCUCUCUCAGGUACCACGUCGGCUCAGGUCUUACACACCUUCACCCUUGACUCGGAUGCUUCCCGCUCCUUCUUUCGAGACCGCACCACGCUUACGCCGCUUAGUCGGCCGGUUGCGGUCUCCCUGGCGGACCCCUCUGGGGGUCCUGUCCUUGCUCGCUUCUCCACUGUCUUACCGUGUCCGGCAGCCCCCUCUGGCACCUUGUCAGGUCUCUACCUCCCCUCGUUCUCUAUGAACUUGGUGAGUGGAGCUGAUCUACAGGAUAGGGGGGUUGACCAGCUCACUCCUGCGAAUCAGCCAGUGACCCACUGUAUGUGUGCUCGGACGGGCCGACACUUGGCCACGUUUACCCGUCGGCCGGGGUCGAGCCUGUACACACUGACUACUGAGUCUCCUCCGGUUGCUGAGUCUAGUCAGGUAGCUGCGUCGAGUCAGGUGUUUGCUGCAGCGUCCAGGUCUGGUCUUGAGUCUGCUCCCCGCUCGUGUCGUCUCCUGUCCCACCAGACUCUCCUUUGGCACCACCGCCUUGGUCACCCCUCCCUGCCUCGUCUCCAAGGCAUGGCCUCCCGUGUCCUCGUCUCUGGUCUCCCCCGGUCCCUCCCUCCCCUCCCUCCGGGGCCUGCCCCUACCUGCGUCCCCUGCGUCGAGGGGCGGCAGCGCGCCGCCCCUCACUCCUCCGAGUUUCCUCCGACAGAGGCUCCGCUGCAGACUCUUCAUAUGGACGUGUGGGGCCCCGCCCGCGUCCGUGGCCAGGGUCACGAGCGUUACUUCCUGUUGGUGGUUGACGACUACUCGCGUUACACCACGGUGUUCCCCUUGCGCAGUAAGGGUGACGUCACUGAGGUGUUGAUCGACUGGAUCCGCGCUGCUCGUCUCCAGCUCAGAGAGAGUUUCGGCUCGGACUUUCCUGUUCUGCGUCUGCACUCUGACAGAGGCGGGGAGUUUUCCUCUGCCCUGCUGGGAGCCUUCUAUCGUGCACAGGGCAUCCGCCAGACCUUCACGCUUCCGUACUCUCCACAGCAAAAUGGGAUUGAUGAGCGCCGCAUUGGCAUGGUCAUGGACGUCGCUCAUACGUCCAUGAUCCAUGCGGCUGCCCCCCAUUUUCUGUGGCCAUUUACGGUUCAGUACGCAGUGCAUCAGCUCAACCUUCAGCCCCGGGUCUCCUUGCCAGAGACCUCCCCCACCUUGCGGUGGACCGGGAAGGUUGGCGAUGCGUCUGCGUUUCGGGUCUGGGGAUCUCGGGCGUUUGUCCGCGACUUGUCUGCGGACAAGCUGUCCCCCCGUGCUGUUCCCUGCGUCUUCCUUGGCUUCCCCCUGACGCGCCUG